AAAGGCGCACUUUUCUAGCGCAUUUCUGAUUACAUUUCAGGUAUUAGACGCCUUCGACACCUAAUGCGUUCAUUUGAUGGAACAUUCCGCCAACAAGCGUAGCAACGCAAAUGGCGAGUGUUCGUCGUUCUUGUGGAACCAGCUGGUGUCCGGGGCGCCCGUAGUGCUCGGCAUCGAUGCCUACAGGCCUCCUGCUGUCAAGGUUAAAGAACAGGUGUUGAAUGCUGCAUUCCGGACGGCUUUAGAGAAGCGUGCAGAGCAGUCUGUGCUCUCUUCGUUGGCUGGCACAGUGCAGUUUUCUGCUGAAAGUGAUGGCAUCGUCAUCGUGCUUGACCAGGUGCCAGGCUGCACUCCAUCUCUAUUGCGUUCGAACGUCAUCCAAGUUCCCUGCAAGUUUGACAAAGUGACCCAAGGAAGUGGUACCGCUAAUUCAAGCAAGGAGGAAUGGUUGGCCAAGUUGACAACCUUUGAGGAUGCCUGGCACUAUGCAUCACUGGAAUGUGGGCUGGGCUUCAGUCUGGCCGUCACUGUUGAGAUGGCUGCCCGCAUCAAGGGCCCUUCUUGCGACCUUACCGUGAGUGCGGUGACCCCUAUGCUUCCACUGCGCCUGGUGCCCCUGUUCCCAAUUCCAGUUCUCAGGAGCGGUGUCCAGGAUACUCUGUCCUCACCACACGCCGCAGCACUGCCUGACUUUGGGUUUGUCACUCUCUGUGGGGACCACUUGUGCUUUCACUUCAAGCAUCAGCUUGAGGACGGUGGCCUGAACUUCAUCGGAGUAUGGAUUAGUGGUGUGGCAUCAGUCGAGCACCCCUUCAUUUGGCUUGUCUGUGCCCAAUUUGUCACAAGCCAGAGGUUGGCUUCACGGCCGAAAGACAUAUUUGUGGUGUGUAUCCUGUCAAGCAAACCCAUAACGGCAGCAAAUGUGAGCUUUGGGAAGGCGCCCGAGGAAGUGCUCUUCUUCAACUGCCUCUGCCAGAGCCAAGCCAGCCUCCAUUUUCAGCUGUGGCAGGGAGCAGCCGUCACCUCGGUGGCUAGGGUGCCAUCAGCUUCAAACAAGACAAUCAGCAUGAACCUUGAAAAAGUACUUUCAGGAUCUGCAGCUGAGACAUUCCACUUGGCCCUGAAGGAGCUUGUGAAAAACCGGUUAGCCCCUUUUUAAAUUU